GAUGUGAACAAGGAAGUGAUCCAGGACCUUCGGAGGCAUGAGAUAGAUUCCUUCUCCGGAGUUGUUAUCUUUUGUUUGCAUAUGUUAAUCUCAAACUGUAGUUGAAAGGUUAUGGCUGUAAGAGUCCUUAGAAUCAGUACGGAAAGCCGGAUGGACAUACGGCGUUAAGGUGACGGGUGGUUGAGGAGUUGCUGUUUUGACAGCUGGGUUUUAAUCCACUGUCCAAGCUACAGAGGGGUCCGCUGGAUCCUGAGAGGAACCUGCGGGGCUGUUUUCAGACAAAAGGUUCCACCGCCUGGCAGCCAUGGCUUCAGCCCGGCUGAAGUACCUCUCCCUGGGCGUGCUGGUGUUCCAGACCACCUCUCUGGUGCUCACCAUGCGGUACUCCCGCACCCUGCAGGCCGAGGGCCCGCGGUACCUGGCCUCUUCAGCCGUGGUGGUGGCUGAGGUCAUGAAGAUCCUGACCUGCGUGCUGCUGGUUUUCAAAUGUCCAGGUUACAGUAUGCGAGCUCUGAACAGCAUCUUACGUCAGGAAAUCCUCCAUAAACCCAUAGAGACGCUGAAGCUGGCCAUCCCCUCUGGGAUCUACACACUGCAGAACAACCUGCUGUACGUUGCACUGUCCAACCUGGACGCUGCGACCUACCAGGUGACGUAUCAGCUGAAGAUCUUGACCACAGCCCUAUUCUCUGUGUCCAUGCUGGGCCGCAGGCUGGGGGUCUACCAGUGGCUCUCCCUGCUGAUCCUAAUGGCUGGAGUGGCUCUCGUGCAGUGGCCCUCUGACUCCACGGCGGCCCCAGAGAAGGAGGCCCACUCUGCAGGCUCCCAGUUCGUCGGGGUCACAGCAGUUCUGGUGGCGUGCUGCUCUAGCGGCUUUGCAGGGGUCUACUUUGAGAAGAUCCUGAAGGAGAGCAAACAGAGCGUGUGGGUCCGCAACAUCCAGCUCGGGAUGUUUGGCCUGGUGUUUGGUCUUUUCGGGAUGCUAGCUUAUGAUGGAGAGAGGGUCAGGGAGUCGGGGAUGUUUCAGGGAUACAACACAGUCACCUGGACCGUCGUAGCCCUGCAGGCGCUGGGUGGUCUGGUCAUAGCAGCUGUCAUUAAAUAUGCAGACAACAUCCUGAAAGGCUUUGCUACAUCACUCUCCAUCAUCCUGUCCACUCUUAUAUCCUACUUCUUGCUGCAGGACUUUGACCCCUCAAGAUGGAGCAGCACGUUUGGCUCAGAGUCUUUGCUGCUUUACACCUGA